AUGGAGGGGAGGAGAGUAUAUACAGAUGGAGGGGAGGGGAGGAGAGUAUAUACAGAUGGAGGGAGGAGAUUUGUUUUUUUGUCUUUUGAUUUCUGUUUCUGCUCUUUUUUCAUCCAAUAUUUGUCUCUCAUUUUUGUUUGUGUGUUUGUGUGUUUGUGUGUGUGUGUAGUUGGGGGUAAGUGGGAGGAGUCAGAACAGGUUAACACGUUGCAGGCAUUCUAUUCGCUGACGGGUCUUCAGCCUGGAACACAGUACCGCCUCCUCAUCACCCAUGGCAACUAUACGCACUGGGAGGACGAGAUACAGACCACCGGUCCAGAGCUACGUGGUGUGGAAGGGGAUUUUGCUACUCAAGGCUGGUUCAUAGGGCUGAGCAGUGCUGUGGUGUUGCUGUUGUUGCUGCUUCUGGUUCUCUGUUUCAUCAAGAGGAGUAAAGGGGGCAAGUACGCAGUGAAAGACAAGGAAGAGAAUCAGAUGGACUCCGAGGCUCGGCCAAUGAAAGACGAGACGUUCGGAGAGUACAGUGAUGGUGAUGAGAAGCGGUCAGUCAGUCAGCCAUCUCUGUGUGUGGAGAGUAAACUGGGGAGUGACGACUCCCUUGCCGAAUACGGAGACAGUGUCGACAUCCAGUUCAACGAGGACGGCUCUUUCAUUGGUCAAUACAGCGGCCGAGGGCCCGCGCCUACAGGAAAUGAGAGCUCUGGCCCCGCCUCCCCUGUCAAUCUAGACCCCCCGCCUCCUCCGAUAGGCCCCUCCUUCGCCGGAAUACUGGACAGGACCAGUUAGAACAGACACACCAUCAGACUGCCUGCAUGAAGACCUCUCAUUCCUGACACUUCUGCCAUCAGACUGCCUGCAUGAAGACCUCUCAUUCCUGACACUUCUGCCAUCAGACUGCCUCCAUGAAGACCUCUCAUUCCUGACACUUCUGCCAUCAGAGUGCCUGCAUGAAGAUCUCUCAUUCCUGACACUUCUGCCAUCAGACUGCCUGCAUGAAGAUCUCUCAUUCCUGACACUUCUGCCAUCAGACUGCCUGCAUGAAGAUCUCUCAUUCCUGACACUUCUGCCAUCAGACUGCCUGCAUGAAGAUAUCUCAUUCCUGACACUUCUGCCAUCAGACUGCCUGCAUGAGGACCUCUCAUUCCUGACACUUCUGCCAUCAGACUGCCUGCAUGAAGAUCUCUCAUUCCUGACACUUCUGCCAUCAGACUGCCUGCAUGAGGACCUCUCAUUCCUGACACUUCUGCCAUCAGACUGCCUGCAUGAAGACCUCUCAUUCCUGACACUUCUGCCAUCAGACUGCCUGCAUGAAGACCUCUCAUUCCUGACACUUCUGCCAUCAGACUGCCUGCAUGAAGACCUCUCAUUCCUGACACUUCUGCCAUCAGACUGCCUGCAUGAAGACCUCUCAUUCCUGACACUUCUGCCAUCAGACUGCCU